AUGGUCUGGUACUUUGCAUAUGGCUCCAACAUGAGGUCAUCUGUCAUGACGAACCGAUCAAUCACACCCCAAAGAGCUGUGGCAGCCCGAGUCCCAACACACGUCCUUACUUUUGACAUCUUUGGCUUCCCAUACUCCGAACCGUCGUUUGCCAGCAUAGCAGAGCGCUCCAACGUGGCCGUCAAAACCGUUUUGAGCAAGAAUGGCACCGUCGAGUUGCCGCCUGUGCACGGCGUAGCCUACCUGAUAACCCAGGAGGAAUAUAUCAAGCUGGUGGUCAGUGAAGGAGGAGGGGUUGCGUACCGAGAGAUCGAGAUCGAAGCCGAAUUUCUCACCGAGAAGGGCCAGCCUUCUGGGCAGAGAGCUACCGUCUCAACACUGGAAGCCAAAUACCCAUUCCGGCCCAACGCUGCGCCGAGUGCGCGUUACCUCGGCCUGCUCAUAACCGGGGCGGCGGAACACAAGCUCCCACACGACUACCAGGAAUACCUCCACCAGUUAGAGUGCCUCGAGCCCCCCCAAUCACGUUUGCUACGACUACGAGCAUUCUUCUUCUUGUCUUUCUGGAAACCAGUCCUACAGCAGUUGGUAAAAUAUAUGAAGGCAAACGUGAAAGCAGAUGGUCACUGCGAACAGUGGAUCGAGGACCUGAUCGUUAGGGGAUACGGGGCCAUGUGGUCUUCUCACAACUGGGUGUACGCGCCCUUUUGGGGUCGCGGAGACGGGAGAUAA